AUGGCAUUUAAAACGCAGUGGUUCCCCACCAUUUCUGCUCGAGCCUCGUCAGCGUAUUACUGCUAUUUCUGCCAAAUCUACUGCACCGCAGUCAAGCACAAGGCGAGAGCCGAGUGGAUUUACAGCCAGAAUCUUCACAACCAGAAUCUUCACAACCAGAAUCUUCACAACCAGAAUCUUCACAACCAGAAUCUUCACAACCAGAAUCUUCACAACCAGAAUCUUCACAACCAGAAUCUUCACAACCAGAAUCUGCGCAACCAGAAUCUGCGCAACCAGCAAUUUCCGAUUCAGCUCCAGGCUCACCAUUGCGACACACCGACCCACGAGCUAUUUACGACAGAUACGUUGCAGCAAAAGACGCUUGGAUCCCGAGACUGGACAAAGGAGGAAAUGACGGCUUAUUUGGACUGGAACAAUUCGGAAAACGAUCGUGUUAAUAAUGUGGUCGCCCAAGACAUAGGAAGCAACCCCGUGGAGAUAGGACGAAAAAAUGUGGCUCACAUUUGGAAAAGGAUAGAAAAGGAUAUCCAGGAGCAACAGAGAUUAAUUUCUAAUCGAUAA